GACGCCGACGCUCUGCUUCAAGUAAACAAACAUAUUUCUACGAGUUACCAUUUAAAAGAAUGGAGAGCUGCCCAAAUCAGACAGGACCCGUUUCUGUUACUGAAUCUCCUCCGAGAUCGCUACACCAUUCCCAACGACAAAAACGAGUCGUUAAGAAUCCGCUGGAUACUUUGCAAGACUACGAGCUCAGGAAAUUGUUAAAAUCUAAAAGAAUGGAGAUCUGUUCCAUUGAGGACCCCUUUCUGUUACUGGGCCUCCUCCGAGAUCGCUACAUCAUUCCUGAGGACAAAUACCAGGCUAUGAUCGCACUGGAGGACAGAAGUGAGUGGUCCAAAGCCAUCUACAAACUGCUGGAAUGGAUGGAUGUCACAAACAGUCCAACGAUCCGGGUUUUUUGGAACGUCCUGUUUGAGGAUUGUAUCCUGAGUCAGUACCCCCAACUCCAGCAUCUCUACGACAGCCUCUCCAGAUGUGACGAUAGCAAAACCAAACCAUUGGGGUUACACACAAGAGUACCCCCCACAGUGACAGCACAGCACAGUGUGAGGAAGCAUUGUGAAGCACAGAGAGAGAACGUCGGAGAUUUCAGAUUUUCUGAACAGAGCGACUCGGAGGGAGCCGGUACAAGCAGCUUGAAACGAGAUGCGGAGACGCACGCGGAGGGUUCACCCGCUAAACGAGUCCGGCAAGACAACAAAUCUCUCAAGAAAACCUGCCCUCUUCCGACUGUAAAAAGUCCAGACUUCGCGGCGGUAGAACAGGAAUUAUCCAGAAUGAAACAGGACCUGGACACAGUGAAGGGAGAACUGACCACAGUGAAGACAGAACGGGACACAGUGAAGGGAGAACUGACCACAGUGAAGACAGAACGGGACACAGUGAAGGGAGAACUGACCACAGUGAUGAGAGAACGGGACACAUUGACGAGAGAACUGACCACAGUGAAGAGAGAACGGGACACAGUGAAGGGAGAACUGACCACAGUGAAGGGAGAACUGACCACAGUGAAGGAAGAACGGGACACAGUGACGAGAGAACUGACCACAGUGAAGGGAGAACUGACCACAGUGAUAAGAGAACGGGACACAGUGAAGGGAGAACUGACCACAGUGAAGAGAGAACGGGACACAGUGACGAGAGAACUGUCCACAGUGAAGGAAGAAGGGGACACAGUGAAGGGAGAACUGACCACAGUGAUAAGAGAACGGGACACAGUGAAGGGAGAACUGACCACAGUGAAGGAAGAACGGGACACAGUGACGAGAGAACUGACCACAGUGAAGGGAGAACUGACCACAGUGAUAAGAGAACGGGACACAGUGAAGGGAGAACUGACCACAGUGAAGAGAGAACGGGACACAGUGAAGGGAGAACUGACCACAGUGAAGGGAGAACUGACCACAGUGAAGGUAGAACUGACCACAGUGAAGGGAGAACUGACCACAGUGACGAGAGAACUGACCACAGUGACGAGAGAACUGACCACAGUGAAGAGAGAACUGACCACAGUGAAGAGAGCACGGGACACAGUGAAGAGAGAACUGACCACAGUGAAGAGAGAACUGACCACAGUGAAGGGAGAACUGACCACAGUGAAGAGAGAACUGACCACAGUGAAGAGAGCACGGGACACAGUGAAGGGAGAACGGGACACAGUGAAGAGAGCACGGGACACAGUGAAGAGAGCACGGGACACAGUGAAGGGAGAACGGGACACAGUGAAGGACGUGCCUUUGAAUAAAAUAUCUGCAGAGAGGGAAAGACAUAUUUACUCUGCCAACAUCGGCAGAUGCGACCAAUACGCGCUGCAGAUAUUUAAAUCCUUAGUGAAUCGGGAGAUCCUGCGCCAGUGGGCGUUUCAUGUCAAUUACAACGGAACGGGAGCGAAGAUGGCCGUGCCUCAAAACGUAAUUAAAGCCAUGACCGCGCAGGUCCGGAAAAGGUUCCCCGGAAUCGGACUGGCGGAGGAACAAGCUAUCCGUGACCAGAUUAAUGGAUUUCUGCGGAGACCCAACACGGCGCUGCAGCGUUAAAAAAUAAUUCCUGUGCGUGCGUCAGCUGUAAAGCACAGAGUGAAAACAAUCUGCAGACGGGAUUAAGAGUCUGAAUACCAAUUUAGUGACGUUUUAAUGAUUUUUAAUUUUCUUAUAAUUGUAUCGAUGUGUGUGUGUGCGUGCGUGUGUGUGCGUGCGUGCGGGUGUGUGUGUGUGUGUGUGCGUGCGUGUGUGUGUGUGUGUGUGUGUGUGCGUGUGUGUCAGUGGGUGUGCGUGUGUGUGUGUGCGUGUGUGUCAGUGGGUGUGCGUGUGCGUGUGUGUGUGCGUGUGUGUGUGUUUGCGUGUGUCAGUGUGUGUGUGUGCGUGUGUGUGCGUGUGUGUGUCAGUGGGUGUGCGUGUGCGUGCGUGCGUGUGCGUGUGUUUUGUUUCCACUGUUAAAGUGACGCUGUGACGCGCCAGUUUUGAUACAGGAAUGUCUCGCGGGACGGGGUGGAGAAUGAUAGUUUAAUUUCAGAUUUUAUUUUUAUUAUUAUUAUUUAAGGUUUUGCGCACACCGGACGUGACGCCAGCUGCCUCGCAUCUCAGUGUGCGCUGCUUUAAAAUAAUAAUAAUAAUAAUAAUAAUAAUAAUAAUAAUAAUAAUAAUAAUAAUAAUAUCACACUGUUAAUAAGAACAUAAGAAAGUUUCCAAACGAGAGGAGGCCAUUCAGCCCAUCUUGCUCGUUUGGUUGUUAGUAGCUUAUUGAUCCCAGAAUCUCAUCAAGCAGCUUCUUGAAGGAUCCCAGGGUGUCAGCUUCAACAACAUUACUGGGGAGUUGUGAUCGCUGGGGGGGGUAGAUUUAUACACGCAUAUAAUCAUACAAGUUAUAUAUUUCACAAUACAUGAUUGUAUUUAUAGAAAAAUGCAUGUGUGUAUUUUUAAACAUGUAAUAAAAAUAUGAA